AAGCAUCUUGUACAUGACACAGAACAUGAAAAGCACAAUGAGGAAGAACACAGCGGUGAUUUUUAACAUUUAAUGAUAGCAGAGUGCGAAUAUAAUUAUAAAUAAUUAUAAGACAGCAACAGCUUUUUGUCAUGUAGGCAGUGGUUGUGUUAACUGUUUAUAACGUUUUACGCAACUUUUACUGUCAGAAGUUUGCAAGGAACGUCGUGACAGGACUUUUUAGUUUCUUUUUAGCAUGCAUUAUGCUGCUGCUCGGUUUAGUUAGACUUUUAACAUUAACGCGUUUUAAACGCAGUCCAACUAAUAUAAUAAUGUCAAAUGAGGCAUAUAAUACGAGGACGCCGCGUCUACAUUGCAGCGCACGAGAGAUCGAACCAAAUUCGAAUUCUGUCGAUAAAAACACACCCGCGUCACCUGACACGAGCACGCUUUCAGAUGAAGACAGAUUCAUUCAUAAACUCCAUCUGGACGCGUGCAAGAAUCAGAAAAGAACAUACGUUGACCCCAUAACCGGCUACAAUGUGUUUACUGAGUUUGCCCAUAGGAAAAGAGGAAGUUGUUGCGGGAGUGCCUGCAGACAUUGUCCGUACGGGCAAAUUAAUGUGGAGGAUCCUGCUAAGAAGAAAACGUUCAACUCUUUGUUUUAUGUAUAGCAGUAAAUGUUAAGAUCGGCUGAACAACUCAUUUUGUGUGCUCCUGUAUUGAAUUUGGACUUCAUUUAAUGCACAUUCUUCUUACACUCUGUUUAAAAUGAUGAAAUAUGCUACAGCAGAUGUGCAACCCACAAUCCAGGAAAUGGUUUGAAUCAUAUCUAUCCACUGUGAUUUGACUUACAGGAGUUUGUGUGCUCCUCUGUCCGAUGGAUUCCACAAGCGGGAAUUUUCGCUGUUGGAAUAUUCAUACGAUUACAGGCGAUCUUAAUUUUGACAGCUGUCAAUUCAGACUACAUGCUUCCUUCCUGGUAAAUGUUCGACCAAGAAAACACCAUGGAAAAUAAAGUCUUCUGGUAAAUGUGUUGAUGUUAAAUACAUAGGCUUCUUCUUUCUGUAUUUAAAAAAUGUUAACAGAAGUAUUUAUUAUUAUCAUUAUUAUUAUUUGUCAUUUAAACUAAUAAAAAACACCUUUUUAAAAGUUAUCAUUGAAUUGU